UGGCAUUAUGAAGCCUGGAAUGAAUGCCAUUUUAGGACCAACCGGAAGUGGUAAAACCUCACUCCUUGAUGUACUUGCGGGGUGGAAGGACCCGAAGGGGCUUAGAAGUGGACAAAUCUUCAUGGAUGGGAAGCCAGCAAACUCACAGUUUCACCUAUGCUCUGCCUACAUAGUACAGGAGGAUAUUCUGAUGGGAACACUCACUGUCCGUGAGAACCUUCAGUUCUCUGCCAGCUUGCGCCUCCCACAGAGCCGGAACAGUGAAGCAGAAAAGCAGCUGAAGGUCAAUGCAGUGAUACAGGAGCUGGGGCUACAGGAGUGUGCUGACACCAAGAUUGGCACUGAGUUCUUGCGUGGUGUCUCAGGGGGUGAGAAGAAGCGGUGCAGCAUUGGCAUGGAACUAAUCACUGCACCUUCACUGAUAUUCCUGGAUGAGCCAACUACGGGACUGGAUGCCAACACAGCUAAUUCCAUCAUGCAGCUGCUGCACCAACUCUCCAGGAAAGGAAGAACUGUGAUUUUCUCUAUUCACCAGCCACGUUAUUCCAUCUUCCGUCUGCUUGAUCAUCUAACGCUGAUGAACAAGGGAGAAAUAAUGUAUGCAGGACCAGCCGAAGAGUCCACUGGCUAUUUCAACAGUAUAGGUUACCAGUGUGAAGCAUUUAACAAUCCUUUGGACUUCUUCCUGGAUGUCAUUGGUGGAGAGAUCAUGCAGUCCCAGCCUAGUCCAGAGUUAGCCUCAGUGAGAGAUUCCGAUUCUCAUAGCAGCUCUUGUAGUGACAAGAAUCCACUGCCCAUCUACUACCACAAGUCCCGCUACUAUGAGCAGCUGCAGGAAGAGUUGGAAAACCUACAGUCAUUCAAGAGCCACCUCAGUGAUGCAGUUCCAACAAAAGCCACCUAUGCCACCUCAUUCUUCCACCAGCUGUAUGUUGUGAGCAAUCGCAAUGUGAAGAACAUCCUGAGGAAUCCUCAGACAUCCAUUGGUCAGCUCCUUUUGGGCACUUUCUUCUCUGUGUUGGUGGGGCUCAUUUUCUACCAAGUACCUGCCACUCUACCUGAAGCCUUUCAGAACAGAUUGGGAGCUUUCUUCUUCCUGGUCAUCAAUCAGGUCUUUGGGAAUCUGUCUGCAGUGGAGCUCUUCAUCAAUGAGAGAAAACUCUUCAUUCAUGAGAGCUCCAGGGGAUACUACAGGACCUCAGCAUAUUUUCUGGCCAAAGUGUUUGCUGAUCUGAUUCCCAAUCGUAUCAUCCCCUUGUUGAUGUUCUCUGGCAUAUCGUACUUCAUGAUGGGUCUGAAACAGGAUGCAGGAUCUUUCUUCCUGUAUGUUCUUUCCCUCAGUCUGACAAAUCUGGCAGCCGUGAGCAUGGCCUUCCUGGUGAGCGCCAGCGUCAGCACCUUCGCCAUCGCUAAUGUCUUAAUCGCACUGCCCUUCGUCUUCAUGAUGGUCUUUGGUGGGUUCCUUGUAAACCUGAACUCCAUGCUGAGUUGGCUGUCCUGGAUCAAAUGGAUCAGCAUCUUCCAUUAUGGAAUGAAUGCCCUGACCAUCAAUGAGCUCCAAGGAGCAGUUUUCUAUUUGAACUCUUCCAUGGUCCCUGGAGAGGUGUACUUGCAACAGCAAGGCAUCAACUACAGCACCUGGGGCUUGUGGGAAAAUGAGGUUGCUCUCCUGUGCUUGUCACUUGCAUUCCUGUUCUUUGCCUACAUCCAGCUGUUAAGAGUGAAUCGCUGGAAGUAA